AUGGACUUGUGUGGCCUUAUCACACUUGUUAUCUACCCCGACCUCUCUCUUUCGAUCGGCUCAUCCGAAUUGGGCCUCCAAUCCGGAUCCCAUCAUUGUCUCGUAGAUCGGUUCCUUAUCUUUCUGGUUAACCGAUUUCACUCAGUUCCAGUCCCAGUGUGCUUUUCACUCCAGGAGCUAUUUCUCAACGCCAUAGAAGCACGUACACAGCCGCCUCGCCGAGCAUAUCGCCUAGGCUCUGAUUGCCAUGCUUGCCGAUAUCACGCCUUCCCUUCACGGGUCCUCUCCUUCAUUAAACCCAUGUUAUCUGAGCAAACUUUGGAUGCCUAUCUCUUGUCGCAUUUGGCCUCUCGGGCUGGUUUCUGGGGCAUUUUGGUCAUAACGCCGAAUUUCCGUGACAGUUUGCUUAUCCGUCUGCCCAGCUCCCUGACUACCAGUCCCCCAAAGUUGUACUGGUUUAUUCGAAAUGGACAUCACUCACUGACAACGUCUUCGCUUGAUUGGAAAAAACCCCUGCCUCCCAUUUUCCUCAUUGCGAUCCCCUUUUCACCGGUUAGCGGUAGAUCCUUGAUCCAGGCGUCUCCUUUUUGCUGGUCUUGCUCUAUUCUUGUUGUCCCCAAGUUUGCUUAG